AACGUUUUUGCACACAGUGAUAGCGAAUGGAGCAGAAGCAGAUUGUGUCUGCAUGCUAUUUCAGGGCUGUGCUUCCCUGAACCUGCAGCUUCCAGGUUUAUUUAAUUUGAUUAAAUACUCAUUUAAAUGCAUCAUAAAUUACUACGAGUAGCUGAUAUUCUCAAGUAAUAGCUAAGUUGGUCGCGGAGAAGCGGUUGCAUCUAGUCCACCUCCUCAUCCACCCAUCUAUCCAUCCAUCCACCGCCGCCCACCGCCUCUCCGGCCAUGGACCCCCCCAGGACUCGGUCGCGGUCUCGAUCCGGCUUCUAUCAUUUCUCCAUGAACGGCAGCGUUGGAGGCAACGACGGGGGCUUGAUGAGCGCCAGCGGAGGAGGGGUGAGCUACCCGCCGCCGAGUAACCCCGGCUGGGCGCCGCACCACGGAGGACGGAGCUACCCGGAGAGCCAGCAGCAGCAGCAGCAGCCGCUGCCGCCGCAGCAGCAGCACGCCCAGGGGAGCUACCUGUCCGCGGGGGUGCAGCGCCACUCUGCACACGGAGCUCACAGACACCCCGGGGCAGGAGGGUUGCUGCAUUUUCAUCCAGAUAAUGUGUGCAGUGAGGAUCGAGACAAAAUGGAGGACAGCCCAAGCCCCAAAAGGCAGCGUCUUUCCCAGCAGUCCAUGUUGGACCUCGGCUCGGCUCCUCCCUCCACUCCUUCCUCUCCCAUUCGGCCGUGGGAGUUGCCCCCGAGCCGACGGCCCCACCCCCACUACAUGCCAGAGAGAUGCCACACACCUGUCAGAAACCGCCGCAGCCCUCCAAUGAGACGCCAGCGUGGCCGGCGAGACCGUCUGACCCGCCACCACCACCACUAUAACGGCAACAACAAUCACCACCACCAUCACCACCCAAACAGCCACCACCAUCACCACCAUCUCCACUCCCACCACGGCCCGUCACCGGGACAUCAGGACGAAAACUACCGCCACCCAGCUCCUCCUCAGGGCUACCCACCCUACAGCCAGCAACCCCCGCGAGGGCCGGGCUCCGGCCCCGAAGACCGUCCAGGUUACCAUCCCCCCAACCCCUCCCCGAGGCCCCUGCACCAGUCACCGAACCUGUCGCCCAGGCUGCUGCACCCUGGAGCCCAUCCGCAGCACCCACACCCCCACCCGUCCCAGCAACAGAGCAGUGGGGUCCUAGACCUCCAGGAACAGGGUUCGGUUCCGGUAUCGUACCCGGUCUCCCCUCCGGGUGUGCCGCCCGGCCUGCCGCCUCGCUCCGCCCCGCAGCAGAUCCCAGCAUGCUCUGUGGUUUUCAGCGGGCAGCACUAUCCCGUCUGCAGCGUCCCUCCUCCUGUUCUUCAGACUUGUUCCGUUCAGCAUUUGCCCAUGCCCUACCCGUUCCCCUCGUUGCUGUCCAGUGACCCGACCUUCUUGAUCCCCCCUCCUCACCUCGCCCACCCUCCAACGCAUCUCUCCCACCACCCGCCUCACUUGCCGCAGCCGGCGCAGUUUGGACCUUAUCCGGCGCAGCAGGCUCGAUCGCCUUUACAGAGGAUAGAGAACGACGUGGAGCUGCUGGGGGAGCAUCUUUCUCUGGGUGCUGGGCUCCACUACUCCCCCGCCGCACACCCAGCCCUCACCCCGCACUCGACGCCUCUCCACUUCCUCUCCCACGAGCCCCUGCCACAGGAGUUCUUUGGAGUGUCUUAUCCAAAUUUCAUUCCUCGGCGUCUCCCAGGACGGCGGUACCGUUCGCAACAGCUUCCACCUUCGCCUUAUCACCCCAGCCUCCUGCCUUACUUCCUAUCAAUGCUGCCAGUCCAGCCCACGGGUCCUGCAAUCAGCCUGGAGCUGGAUGUAGAUGACGGAGAAGUGGAGAACUAUGAGGCCCUCCUGAAUCUUGCUGAGCGCCUGGGAGAGGCCAAACUCCGCGGACUGACCAAGGGGGACAUUGAACAACUCCCUUCCUAUCGAUUCAACCCAAAUAACCAUCAGUCUGAGCAAACACUGUGUGUGGUAUGUAUGAGUGAUUUCGAGUCCCGUCAACUGCUGCGAGUCCUUCCCUGCAGUCACGAGUUCCAUGGAAAGUGUGUCGACAAGUGGCUGAGGGCCAACAGGACGUGUCCGAUCUGUCGAGCCGACGCCUCCGAGGUCCAGAGAGACUCAGAGUGACCACAAGAGGGAGCCAUACGCUUCCUCCUGUUGGUCUAACACAUCUAGCACUGCCUGCUCCUGAUAAAUUGAUGCACAUCUACGUUCUCAUACACACACACACACACACACACACACACACACAUAUGCAGCGUUAUCUUACAUGUCGGUGGAGCACUUUAUUCCCCAUAGUUAAUCGUACAUGUUUUCUUUACUCCGAUAACUUGUCACACUCCUUUGAUACAUGCACACAGGUCCUCACGUUUAAGUGAAUGACCCACCUUCCUGCAGUACUGUGUGUGUGUGUGUGUCUGCGUAGAUGUGUAUGCACCACAACUGUGCAGACAUUGGUCAGCUCUAUAUUGCAGGGCUUCGGUACAUGACUGUGUUAUCAGUGUGUGUUUGUGUGUGUAGGUGUGGGAUGGAUUUUAGGGAUUCUGGAGCAUGCAUGAAUUGUUCUUCUGUAUUGGACAAAAGUAACAAUGAUUU